UUUGGAAAAAAAAAAAAAUUUUAUCCUCCCGCAACCGCCCGCAACCGCAAACGCUAGCUGGAACCAGCUUUUGAAUUUAUGAGGUUCAGAGCGAUUUGGAAUGGUUUGGAGCGGUUUGAGCGAUUGUUGCAAAACACCAACAACCGCUAUCAACCGCAAAAGCUGCGUUUGCGGGUGGUAGCGGGAAAACCAGUCAUACCCUAAAUGCAUGAACGUGACAAGCGUGGAGAAGAAUUGACACGUGUAGCAUUUGUGACGUGCCAGCCACUGACAUUAUUUUCUUUUGUCUUCUGCUUCAUUCAACGAGUAAAUUAAAAAGGAAACAAAGAAACUUUAAGGAAAUACUCAAAUACCCCUUAAGAUUCUGAAAUGAUGGACAUUGACGAAUCAUAUCAUCGUUCAAAUAUUUGGUUAGUAAAUCAUUCCUAUUUUCUGCAAGAUGCGUUAUAUUUUUUCUUUUAACUAUUUUAGUUUAACGACUCCUAAUUUCGUGUAGUCAAAUCAAAACUGAAAUAAAAUCUUCAAUUUUUCAAAAAAAAAAAAUCUUCAAGUUCAGACAGAUUUUAUUUCCUUAUGUUAUGCCCUGGAAAAUAACAAGAUUGAAAAUUACAUUUAUGCAAAAGAUACUACACACGGGAACAUAUCAAAUUUCAUGGAAAUAUGACUAAAGAAAAGAAAAAUAUUUCUUAAUGAGUAUGGUAAGACUUUAUUUGUUUGAACAUUAUUUACAAAGAAAAUAUACACUACAGAUUUUGUGCACAUACGAUAAGUCCAUAACACUACAAGUCAAGUCAAUCGAAAAGAUAUAUAUGGUCACAUGUGUGCUGGUGUUUGUUCAGAUUAUAUACUAAUAAGUAAUUUAAUUGUAAAGUUGGAAACGAUAAAUUAUUCUGUUUCUAAAAAUAAAAUGAUAUGAACAAAUCUCUUAAUUUAAAUAUUUUGACCUUAUAUAAAAGCCACAUCCUUUGUUUUCGUAGCCACAACUAGUCCUCUCUCCUCUCUAAACGUCAUCUCUUAACAUGAACAAUCAAAUCAUCCCCGACGGUUUUCCGGUGAUAUUCGGAGACCGGCAGUUACAGCACAUGCAGUCUCGCGCCGCAUAUCCAAUUCAAACCGCACCAAGCGUCAACAAAUACCAUUUCAACCAAUCUCCAGCGAUAUUUAAACGACAGAGAGAUUAUGCGCUUGACUCCAACGCUCUAAUGACAGCUCAGAAACGUAGGUCCGUUGCGUUUUCCCCGCCACAGUCUCUAAUUGAGGCACAACUCGUUUCUCAGGUCCAGCAGCAACAAACAGAUAUCGAUCUGUUCGCCACACAGCAAACGCAAACGCUCAGAUUGGAGUUAGAAGCGAGGCAGAGAACGCAAACGUUAUCCUUAGCGUCAGCGGUUCAGUCCGCGUUUGUCAAAAAGCUUAAACAGAGAGACGACGAGAUCGUCCGAAUGGGGAAACUAAACUAUGUUUUGCAAGAACGAGUGAAGAGUCUCUACGUCGAGAAUCAGACCUUGCGUGACCUCGCUCAGACCAAUGAAGCUACAGCUAACACUCUCCGGUCAAAUCUUGAACAUGUUCUCGCUCAGGUCGACGAGUUCCCGGCGACCGCAGCAGCCGGCGGAGAUGUUUUUCGUCCUCCGGUAGAAGAGGAUACGAUAUCCAGCUGCGGGAGCUGCGACGGUGCUGAUGGUGGUGAUGUCACGGCGGUCACAAGAGGAUGCAAACGGUGCGGUGAAAGAACGGCUAGUGUAUUGGUGCUGCCUUGCCGUCACUUGUGUUUGUGUACAGUUUGUGGAUCGGCUCUGUUACAGUCGUGCCCUGUAUGCAAUACGGUCAUGCAUGCUAGUGUCCAUGUUAACAAUAACAUGUCAUGAGACUCUUGACCCAUAUUUAAAAAAAUAUAUAUAUAUUUCGUUUUUUUGCGAAGGAUUUGAUAGCAGAGUACAAGAAACUAGGUAAUAAUCCGCUUCUUGCGCGAAAUGUGAUUAUUAGUUUUGUUAUUUUUUAAUAAUGAAACAUUAAUCUGUUUAAUCUGGAUAUCGAUUCGGUUUUAGAUUGUUUUUUAGUUUUUAAUCUCCUAAAAUAUAACUAUCAUUUUAAAUCAA